AUGGAGAGGGAGAACAGAAAGAGAACAAGAGAAGAAGAAGAAAAACAAGAAAACAAGAAAGAAAAGAAGGCAGAAUUUGAGUGCAACAAAGAGGGUGGAGUUUUCGAUUUUCCUUGGCUCAAAGAGGGUGUGAUUUUUAAAGGUGAUGAAUAUUUGGAACUCCAAGAUACAUUUGGUACAUGUUUAUAUGAAAUUCCCAGUAUUUUUACAGAAAAUCUCGAUCAAUUUUGUGUAGAAAAUUUAUGUGAUGAGAAAGUCGGUGAUGAUUACAAGAUUGAUGAGAAUUAUUUGGGUACAUUUCAAGAACCAGAAGAUUGCAUUUGGAGCUCAGUGAUUGAUCAGCCUCUUGAUAUUGGCUUCAACAAACUGUAG